AUGCAUCUCUACUUAACCAAGCGAGUAGCCAUCCCUUCAACAGUGGCUGUCACAGCAGUUGCGUGGAACGAGGAACAGGGAUGGCUGGCAGUGGGUGGAAAAGGUGGUUUGCUCAAAGUGUUGAAAAUUGAUGGCGGCGGAUCGCAGCGCGGUGGACUCGCAAUGAAUCAAACACUCGAAGGGCACGAAACUGACGUGUCGGUGGUAGCAUGGAACCACCAGUACCGCAAACUUACUUCCAGUGACGCUGGGGGGCAAAUUAUUGUAUGGAUGCUUCACAAGGGAAUGUGGUUGGAGGAGAUGAUCAACAACCGCAAUAAGAGCACUGUGCGUGACCUCGCAUGGAGUGUGGACGGCACAAAGGUGUGCAUUGUCUAUGAAGAUGGGGCCGUCAUUCUUGGUGGUGUGGAUGGCAACCGUCUGUGGGGAAAAGACUUGAAGUGUGAACUUACCAAUGUUACAUGGAGCCCCGAUGAUCGCUAUAUCCUCUUCGGUACCAAGUCUGGAGACGUGCAGAUGCACGACAGUGCUACUGGCCACCUUGUAAAUCAAGUGGCCAUUACACAUCAGGCUAAUAAAGUGCCACUCGCUGGGUUAGAAUGGAGUUCUGCAUGGGUCGACAGGCCGGAACCACUUCCCUCAUUGGCGGUAUGCUACAAGAACGGCCGCAUACAUUUGCUACGCGGCAUAACAGACCAUGAAGCCCGCGUUGUUGAAGCUGGGAUCAACGUCACGGGAAUCGCUUGGAAUCCGCAAGGGACAAUGCUUGCAGUAUGUGGUGUACCCGCCACUGGUGGUGCAUCUGGGGAUGGAGGUACGUCGGCGCAGGGAGGCGCCACCGGGGGAGAUGCGGGGGCAGAUGGCUCCGCCUCCUCGGUGCUGACACUGAUUUACAAUGGUGACGGAGUUCAUAUGCGGACACUACGUAUGAAUGGUAAGUUCUGCGGCGGUAUCACCUGGGAGGGCGACGGUUUGCGCGUUGCCGUCGCAGUUGAUGCUGCCAUGUACUUUGCGAACGUACGAUGUGACUACAAAUACGCUUACUUCCACAAAACAGUUGUCUUUGCAUACAACCGCCCCGACCGCACAGACAGCAGCGUAAUGUUUUGGAACACGAGGAACAACGAGCGCGUCAUUCGCCACAUACGUGGGCUACUUCAUAUACAUGCUUGCAGGAAUGCGUGCCUGAUUGUCAAUGCCCCAGGUGAAGAGCGUUGCUGCAUUGUGCAACUCGUGAAUGCCAUUGGGUGUCCUAUUGAGUCGAGGAUGUUGGAUAUGGAGCCAAUCGUGAGCGGUUUGAACUCCUCUCACGUGGUUGUCGCAGACGAGGAGAACAUUUACAUCUGGCAGUUCCGCGAUCCGUCCGUCGUGGUGGACGCCCUUGAUCCUGUUUCUGUGCAGAUGAGCCGCCGCGAAACCCACGACCGGGUCGUGCACGUCGAUGAUUUUGUACGGGCUGAUACACCUUCUGCCCUCACUACGCAAACAGCUCUAACGAAUGAUCUUAUCUGCACCGUGUGUCUUAGUGAAGACUUUCUGUUCGUGGCUCGCGAAUCGGGAUUGCUACAGCUGUACCGCUUUAACCCUCUGCAGUUGGUUGGGAAAGCUGUUCUGCCGUGCCGUCCACAGAGCAUUGCGGUUAACUGUAACUCCACGCGUCUUGUUUUAAUUGAUGUCGUUGGUGUAAUGCGCAUGUUUCACAUCGACCCAACAACGAUGUCUCUCGCUCCGAGUAAACUAGUUCCCCAACCCGGUUUUGAGCGGAAGGACGUGUGGAAUGUCCAGUGGGCACAGGAUGAUCCCGAGAUGCUCGCUGUUAUGGAAAGGUCUCGCCUCCACAUAUAUCACGGCACGGAGUCGGAAGAGCCGAUUACCUGCAGUACCCACAUAUGCAAGUUCCGAUCGCUAAAGGUCCGGUCACUGCUGUUGGAUGAGUUAAAACAGGACCCGGAGAGGCCUCGAAGGGAGUAUGUUAUCGAUCAUGAUACACGUGCACUUCGGGAUGCGCGGGAGGUAAUGCAGACCGCAUCAACAAGAGACGCGUUACGAUACAUGGACGAACACUCGCACCCAAAGCUGUGGUCUCUUUUUGCUGAGCACGCCCUCGCGCAACUGGACUUCGACAGCGCAGAACUUGCGUUUAUCCGUUGUGGAGACUACCCAGCGAUUCAGUUUGUUAAGCGUAUCAAAACACUGGACGAUCCACAGAAGCAACGCGCUGAGAUUCACACCUAUUACCAUCGCUUUGACCAGGCGGAAAAGAUAUACAAGGACAUUGACCGUAAAGACCUUGCCCUGGAGCUGCGUUACCGCCUUGGCGACUGGUUCCGUGUCGUGCAGUUAGUUCAGGAAGGUGGUGGUGAUGAGUCCCACAUGAGGCGGGCGUGGGAGAACAUUGGCGACUUCUAUGCCGACCGGCAGAAAUGGACCAAAGCGGCUCAGUACUACUCGCAGAGCCAGCAGCUACAUAAGCUCGCCCACAUACUUUUCCUGCAGGAGGAUUACGAUCUCCUCGUGCAACUCAUCCAGAACGCCGAACACGAUCGUGAGCUUUUAUUGAAGUUAGGUGAAAUGCUUCUUUCCGUUGGCCUCGGUGAAGAGGCAUUGCGCGCAUAUUUGGCAGCUGGUGAACCUCGCCUGGCCGUGGAGAGCUGCACGCAAUUAAAUCAAUGGGACUGCGUUAUGGCUGUUGCGGAGGAGUACAAACUGACGGACGUUAGCAAACAGUUGGGCCGGCACGCUACGCGGCUUGUUGACAGCGGUCGCCUUUCUGAAGCUAUUGGGUUGUACCGCAAGGCCGGGCAGCACGACGAGGCGGCGCGGUUGCUUGCGGGACUUGGGCAGCGCGCAGCCACAACUAAUCCACUUAGUGCAAAGAAGUUUUAUGUGUUGUCUGCACUGGAAGUGGAGAAGUACCGAAAGAAAAAAAUGACGCUCAGUGGAAACGGCACAGCAGCUGUUGAGGCGUUGUUAGACGUAGAACAAAGUGGAAAGGGCCAAGAGCGGGCGUUUGAUGCGGCGUGGCGUGGUGCAGAGGCAUACCACUUCUUCCUGCUUUGUCAGCAACACAUAUUGAAUAGGAAUCUUGUUUACGCACUAAAUGUAGCCAUGCGGUUAAUGGAUUAUGAUGAUAUCAUAAGUCCUGUUGACAGUUAUAGCCUUAUUGCGCUUACGGCAUACCUGGCUAAAAACUACAGCAUUUGCAGUAAGGCCUUUACUCGUUUGGAGGCAGCGGAGCAAAUGGAUGAGCAGAGUCAAUCAGAAGGGGGUGAAGCGAGGGGUGCUGUGCAACUACAAAUGAUGGAUAUGAUAGCGGACCUUGAUGUUUCUUGCCGUACCAAAGUUGGACAUGGCGUUGGUCCGGCAGGUGGUGGGGCCGGGGGCGUUAGUGGCACUACUCGUCUCGAUGGUACUACAACCUCUUUACAGCUGACAAAUCCGUCAAAGGGUGCCGUGUCUGCCAUACAAAUGACUUAUCCAACCGUCACGUUGACGGAACCUCGUCGUCGCUUUGCGGAUCUCGCCAGCAAAAUAUUCACUCAACAUAAGCCGGAAGAUAACUUUAUUGACCGUGUGAAAUGUCAUAAGUGUGAGGCUCACAAUAAAGAAUGGGCAUCUGCCUGUGUGCGCUGUCAGCAGCCAUUCCACGUUUGCAUAUAUUCCGGUCGUAGCAUUACUUCAGAAGAGUUCUGGCAGUGUAGUGUGUGUCACCACCGACUUCUUGACGUGGAAACCGACCGCUUCCGUAACUGCCCGUUAUGUCACACACCUCUUCGUCACUAG